AUGUCAUAUUAUUUAUCAAACCUAAGAGAAAGAAUUUUUGGAACAAAUAAUAACGACAAUAAUAAUAAUAAAAAUAACAAUAAAGAUUAUAAAGAAAACGACACCUAUUCAACAACAGCAUCUACAUCAAAUAAUGAUUUAAUAACCACAUCAUUUAAAACUGACUUGUAUCAAUCGGUUUUAGUUGAUAAAGUUAGGGUAUUGGUGAUUGGUGAUACAGCAGUUGGUAAAUCAUCGUUAGUUCAUCUUAUUUGUAAUGACGAAAUUUUAACUAGAUCCCCAUCAUGGACCGUUGGCUGCAAUACAGAUGUGAAAAUGCAUGAAUAUCACUCAAAAGAUUAUUAUAUAGAAUUUAUAGAUAUUGGGGGUUCAUCAAAAUACAAAAUCACAAGACCAAUAUUGUAUCAUCAAAUUAACGGGAUAAUAGUAGUUUAUGACCUUACAAAUAAAAUCUCCCUAACAAAUGUCAAAAAAUGGUUAUUUGACAUUUUAAACAAAAUUUCAAACUCCUCAUCAAAUUGGAAAUUAAAAGAAACUGAACAUUCUCAAAUAUUAGAAUUAGAAAAUCAAACCGAACAAAAUAAUAAUUACAACAACAAUAACAAUAAUGAAAUUUUAUUUAAUAACAAUAACAAUAAUAAUGUUAUCAACAACAAUACUAAUACUAACAAAAAUAAAAAUACUGAUCCAAAUAUUAGAAGAUUAAAUUUUAUAAAUAGUCAUAAUAAUAAUGGGUUACAAAGUACAAAUACUAGCAGUGUAAAUUUAAAUAAUAAUAUUAGACCAUCUGUAUUUUUAUCACAAAACUCACUAUUCCUACCUACAAAUACAGUUAUAUCCCCACCAACACAAUCACCGAUCAAUAAAAUAAAAAUCAAAUCAAAAAAAUCAAAUUCACAUCUUAAUAUUCCAGUAUUAAUAUUAGGCAAUAAAUCAGACCUAUCAUUUGAUAAAAAGUUUAUUGAAAGCGAUUCAUUGGGAAAAUUAAGUUUAUUAGUUAGUGCUAAAGUCAAAAAUCAAUUCUCCUCUUCCCAAUCACCCCAUGUAGCCAGCAGAUUAGAAAUAUUUUAUAAUAAAAUGAUUUCAAAUAUAAUUUCAAAUAAAAGAGGUAUCAAUGCAAACAAUAUGACCUUCAAUAAUCAAAUCUAUGGUUCAUUAAACAACACCAAUAAUAACAAUAAUAUUAAAAAUGAUAUUAAUAAAAACAAUACUAAAAGUGAAACAGUUAUAGAUAAUAUUGAAACAACUGAUAGAGAUGAUAGUGACACCAAAAUAAAUAUAAAUGACUACACAUUAAACUAUGACACACGGCCAACACUAUACUCUAUAGACACAAAUAAUAAUAUAAACAGUGCAAACAACUCCAUAAUCAACACCUCCUUACCAUCAACAACUACAACCACGACUCCUACAAUAACAUCAACUCCAUCAUUAUCCACAACAAUGUAUCCUAUUGAACAUAAUGAAAGCAAUAGCAAUAGCAAUAGUGGAUAUAGCAGUUUUACAAAUACCAACUCACCACCAUUAUUUAAUACAAGCUCACCCUAUCAUUACAACUUCCUAUCUCCAACAGUCUCAUCACCAAUAAAUUUAAAUAAACAGUUUCAACAACAAAUGAACAAUACAAUCCCAAGAACACCCUUAAGAGCUAGAAGCACAUCAUUUGAAAAUAAAAACAAAUAA